AUGGCUUACUCUUUAGAAACACUGGCAAAGAAGAUCUUUAAAGGAAUUUUAGUAGCUGAACUUAUGGGCACUUUUGGAGCAUAUUUUUUGUUUAAUAAGAUGAACACAAGCCAAGAUUUCAGGCAAACAAUGAGUAAGAAAUUUCCUUUUAUCUUAGAAGUUUAUUACAAAUCCAUUGAACAGUCUGGAAUUUAUGGAACCAGAGAGCAAGAUCAAGAAAAAUGGUUGGGUACCAAAAAAGGAUCAUCACGUUCAGCCCCCCAUCUAAGCUAUUUGAGACCUUUAAGAGAAGAAAGAUGA